AAUAUUAUGUGUGAUUUGUGAAAUCAAUGGGAGACUCUUCUGCUUCAUACAUCCACCUGGUACAGCAUCUUAUAGAAGAGUGUUUGAUAUUCAACAUGAGCAAAGAAGAGUGCAUGGAAGCUUUAUCUAAGCACGCCGACAUUAUACCAGUCAAAACUUCAACAGUUUGGAAUGAAUUGGAGAAAGAGAACAAAGAGUUCUUUGAGGCUUACAUAAGGGGCAGAGGUCAGAAAUCAAGUGAGAGAGAGAAAAGGCAAAGGAUUCAGAAGAGGCUUAAUGCUAUCACGAAGGAUUCAGAAUAAUACGAACGAGUAGAAAAUGACGUCGCAGGAAGAGAAUGAAGAAUUGUAUAACUCAACAGUAGUUGGGAAGUGCGACGGCAUGUGAGAAUGUGGGAGCAGUAUAUGAACAAAACGGGAUUGCAG